GUAUGUCAGAAGCAGCUUCGACUCCCUCAGCUCUUCCUUGCGAGGGCUCUUUGGGUCUCCCCGUGAGCUUCAACCUUUGACAUGCCUUUGCAUUGUGGAUGUGGAUAGGACCUUGACUGGCAGACAGGGUGACACAAUGGCAUGCCCGGGGAACAGAGUGGUCUCCGGAAGCUAUGAUGAUGCCUACGGCGGUGGAAAUCUCACCCUGUCUCAAUUGGGUCAACAUGUAUGGGAGACCUUCUGCGGAUCUUGCUAUGUGAGGGCCAUUACAGCUCAUCCUCACCGUCGGCCCAACAUCCCAGUCGCCGAGUCAGUGGUUGACUGCAAUGAGGGAUGCAAGGCCAAUGAGGCCGCCCGACUGGCGGGAGAGCUUGGAGUUGCCAAAGAGGAGGUUUACAUGUUUGAUGACAAGGCAGAGAAUAUUGAUCCUUUUCGUGGGACUGGCAUGAAUGCUCAUCAGGUAUCCUGUGGCACCCGGGAAGGUACCCAUGGUUUGUGUGGAGCUGACCUUGGGGAAAUUCGCAAUUCCAAGGGAGUCACAACCUGCCCAUUGCCAUAA